AGGCCUUGGCGGGGUCAUGGGGGCCCCCCAUUCUGGGCCGGGGGGCGUGCGAGUCGGGGCCCUGCUGAUGCUCGGUUUUUGGGGGCUGGUGUCUGGGCUCAGCCUGGAACCUGUCUACUGGAAUUCGGCAAAUAAGAGGUUCCAGGCAGAGGGUGGUUACGUGCUCUACCCUCAGAUUGGGGACCGGCUAGACCUGCUCUGCCCCCGGGCCCGGCCUCCUGGCCCCCACUCCUCUCCUAAUUAUGAGUUCUACAAGCUGUAUCUGGUAGGGGGUGCCCAGGGCCGGCGCUGUGAGGCACCCCCUGCCCCCAACCUCCUUCUCACUUGUGAUCGGCCAGAUCUGGAUCUCCGCUUCACCAUCAAGUUCCAGGAGUAUAGCCCUAACCUCUGGGGCCACGAGUUCCGCUCACACCAUGAUUACUACAUAAUUGCCACAUCGGAUGGGACCCGAGAAGGCCUGGAGAGCUUGCAGGGAGGUGUGUGCCUCACCAGAGGCAUGAAGGUGCUUCUCCGAGUGGGACAAAGUCCCCGAGGAGGGGCUGCCCCCCGAAAGCCUGUGUCUGAAAUGCCCAUGGAAAGAGACCGAGGGGCAGCCCACAGCCUGGAGCCCGGGAAGGAGAACACAGCAGGUGACCCCACCAGCAAUGCAACCUCCCGGGGUGCUGAAGGCCCCCUGCCCCCUCCCAGCAUGCCCGCAGUGGCCGGGGCAGCAGGGGGGCUGGCGCUGCUCUUGCUGGGCGUGGCAGGGGCUGGGGGUGCCAUGUGUUGGCGGAGACGGCGGGCCAAGCCUUCGGAGAGUCGCCACCCUGGUCCUGGCUCCUUCGGGAGGGGCGGGUCUCUGGGCCUGGGGGGUGGAGGCGGGAUGGGACCUAGGGAGGCUGAGCCUGGGGAACUAGGGAUAGCUCUGCGGGGCGGUGGGGCUGCAGACCCCCCCUUCUGUCCCCACUAUGAGAAGGUGAGUGGCGACUAUGGGCAUCCUGUGUACAUCGUGCAGGAUGGGCCCCCACAGAGCCCUCCAAACAUCUACUACAAGGUAUGAGGGCUCCUCCAACCUGGCUCUUCUGCAUCCAGCCCUUUGGGAGGUGCUCCUCCAGUUUAAUUCAUGGUUUGAGGGACACCUCUAGCAUCUCCUCGGCCCCCUUUUCCCCACCAGCUCCCUUGCUCCCCCUGGCUGUUGCCUCUUCUCCACUUUUAGGAUUUCCUAAGACCUCCACCAAGCUCGCACCUGCCCUCUGGUUGGCCGUGUGUGCCCUUCUCUGUCUCUGUGUUCCUGGGUCCUAUUCCCCUGAAGGAGGGGGCAGAGACUCAGCUCCCUCUUCUGACCGUGACCCAAGGGUCCUUGUCCCCCUCACCCACUGAGAGCUAGGGGUGGGAACAGUCUGUCUUUUGGUUGCCACCUCUUUCUUUCUGCCUCUCAUUGUUUUUCUCUUUUCUCUUCUCUCUCUCUCUCAUUCUCUUUCUCUCUCUUCUGUCUCUAGGUCUGUUCCUCUUCCCUAGCAUCCUCCUCCCUGUAUCUCCUUAUACCCUCUUGGCUUCUUAUCCUGUGCCUCUCCCAUCUCCACGGUGGGGGCAUCAAAGUAUUUCUCCCCUCAGUUCCCUCUUCUGACUUUUCUUACUGACCACUCCCCUCAGUCUGCCAAAAAUGGGGGCCUUAUGGGGAAAGCUCUGGCACUCCACCCCAGCUCAGGGCGCGGGCAGCAGGCCUCCGCCUCUGCCCUGCCCCAGGCCUCUGCAUACUUACUCCGGCCAUUUGGGGUGGUUGGGUCAUGACAGCUACCAUGAGAAGAAGUGUCCCGCUUUGUCCAGUGGCCAGUAGCAAGCUAUGAACCAGUCGAGACACAUGUGGACUUGGUCUGAUGCUGAAGGGGCCACUUGGGACAGGAAGUGACUUGCUCCAGACAAGAAGUGAUCAGGCCCGGACAGAAGUGGCCUGGGAAGUGGCAGAAGCAGUGCAGCAGGAACUGGAAGUGCCUUCAUCCAGGACAGGAAGUAGCACUUCUGAAAUAGGAAGUGGUCUGGCUGGAACCCGAAGUGGCUUAGUCUGGGGGGUGGGGGGAGGUGGAUGGUUCUCACUCUGUGGAGAAGGAGGGGAAGGAAGAACUUCCUGUUUCAGGAGGAAGCUGGAACUUACUCUAAGAAGAUCGGGUGGACUGAGGAGGAUUUUCCUAGUGUUCAGUGGCACGUGCCAGGAUCGCCCUUCCCUUGUUCUCUGUGCUGCUUUUAGGACAGCUAAGGUGACUGCCAUCUGUGGUGGCAGGCCCAAUUUGUCUUGUUCUUCCCUUCCCCUAUCCCAGUAUAAUCUCUGUCACUCAACAGGACUACCCCAAGAACCCACCUGUUGUCCCCAGUAACCCUGAUGGCUGUCUUGUUCCUCACAUCCUCCAUUUCCUACUCCCUUCAACCUCAACAAUCUCCCUUCUUAGUGACCAAAAUGGUGGCCUACUGACUGGUCUAGCUGACAGUGGUCCUUAGCAACAGCCACUCUUUCUGCAGUGACCAGCUGAUACCUCUUCCUGCCCUCUAGUGCACAGUUGGGUGUCGUCUCCGUUUCCUCUCAGCUCAUUUCCAUUAGAUCAGAGCUGCCCCUGGGCACCACGUCGGCCACCUCAAUCACCAGCCAAGACGGUUGCUUUGUCCACCAGAGGUCAAGUCAUCUCUCUGGUGCCGUAGUUCCCAGCUCCUUCCUGACUUUUCUAAUUGCUCCUUCCAGGGAACAGGAAGUUGAUGUUGCCAUGGGGGAGGUGGCGGGGUAUGGCCGUCACCUCAAUAGUUUUACUGUAAAGGGAAAUUUGAACAACAAAAAACCAAAAAAAAGAAAUAAAAAACUUCAAAA